CGGAGCCUGGUCGAUAGAUUAUGCAUUCCACAGGAUGGGUGCGAACAAUGGGAAACAGAGUGGGAGUGAAGGGAAAGGCAGUUCCAGUAUUUCCUCCGACCUGAGUUCAAGUACAGAUCAGACGUCGACCAAAGCUCCAAAGAAUGCAGCUACCAGUGAAGACUCAGACCUUAGUAUGAGGACACUGAGCACGCCCAGUCCUGCUCUGAUCCUGCCCCCAUGUUCCUCACCACUGGGUCCUGGUGCCUUGCUCAAUGGCUCCUCCACAUCAUCCUCCUCCUUCACUGCAGAGACUGUUGCCAUGGUACACGCCCCACCCACCGUCCUGACCCACCCCCAGCGUAGCCUGCAUCACUCCAGAGAUCAGCAGAUCGCACCAAUCGACAUCCUGCCCGACCACGCCUUCCUCCAGAUCUUCACCCACCUACCGACCAAUCAGCUGUGCCGCUGUGCGCGAGUGUGUCGGAGGUGGUAUAACCUGGCGUGGGAUCCGCGGUUGUGGAGGACGAUUCGGUUAACGGGGGAUGUGCUGCAUGUGGACCGCGCGCUGCGGGUGCUCACGCGACGGCUGUGCCAGGAUACUCCCAACGUGUGUCUGACACUGGAGACGGUGGUGGUCAGCGGCUGUCGGAGGCUGACCGACCGUGGGCUCCACACGGUGGCCCAGUGCUGUCCAGAGCUCCGCCGUUUAGAGGUAGCUGGCUGUUACAAUAUCUCCAAUGAGGCUGUGUUUGAGGUGGUGUCACGUUGCCCUAAUCUGGAGCAUCUGGACGUCUCAGGCUGCUCCAAGGUGACUUGUAUCAGUCUGACAAGGGAGGUGUCACUCAAGCUGUCUCCUCUGCAUGGCCAGCAGAUCUCUAUUCGUUAUCUAGACAUGACUGACUGCUUUGCCCUGGAGGAUGAGGGUCUGCACACCAUUGCCGCCCACUGCACACAGCUCACACACCUGUACCUGCGCCGCUGUGUGAGGUUGACAGACGAGGGUCUGCGCUUUCUGGUCAUAUACUGCCCAUCUGUACGCGAGCUCAGUGUUAGCGACUGCCGCUUCAUCAGCGACUUCGGCCUGCGUGAGAUAGCUAAACUGGAGGGCCGUCUGCGAUACCUGAGUAUCGCGCAUUGUGGCCGCAUCACCGACGUAGGCAUUCGCUACAUAGCCAAGUACUGUGUCCGGCUGCGCUACCUCAAUGCCAGGGGCUGCGAGGGCCUCACAGACCAUGGCAUUGAGCAUUUGGCCAAGAACUGCCUCAAGCUGAAGUCUCUAGAUAUAGGCAAGUGCCCCUUGGUAUCAGAUGCGGGGCUGGAGCUCUUGGCACUGAACUGUUUCAACCUGAAGCGACUGAGUCUAAAAUCCUGCGAGAGCAUCACGGGCCAAGGCCUCCAGGUGGUGGCCGCUAACUGCUUCGACCUGCAGCUGCUGAACGUGCAGGAUUGCGAUGUGCCACUGGAGGCGCUGCGCUUUGUUAAACGCCACUGCAAACGCUGUGUGAUUGAACACACCAACCCUGCUUUCUUCUGA